ACAGACGCGGCCAAUCAGAGGCCACGCACGAGGGUGAGGCAAGUCCGCCUCUCGGGAGGCAAGGGUGGGGGUUCGGCGAAUGACGUGAGGCGCCGCUGGGCGGUAGGGAGUAGACGCCCUCGGUCCUCCGUCUCGCCCUGCAGCUUCCGGGUGUGCGGCUGCGGCCAUUUUGAGCUUCGCUUCUUUGCGCCCUCGCCUGCCACCCAGCCACCCUUUCCGCCUUGGCGUUUCGCGCCUCCGUGCGGGCCACCGGAAACGCCGCCGUCGUCUCCGUCGCCGCCGCGCGAGGGAGGGUCUUCUCUAUGGUGGAGCGAUCUCACACGGCCUAGGACGUCUCCUUCCCUAGCCGGGAUGGACCUAACCGCGGUCGCCACCGCUUGCGCGGGCCUCUGGGCCGUCCGGUGCAGCACUCGUUGCGGAAGCCGCCGCUCUCUGGGCCUCCUCUGCCGGCGCGGGAAUCGGACUGCAGUACCCACUCCGUGGCUGGGCAAGGCGGAGACUGUGUAGACCUCGGAUCCAGCCUGCGCUGACGCCGCUGAGCUCUGUCCUCCUCCUGUCUGAGAAGCCGCCAAGGAAAGGAGAUGGAGACAGGAACGCACAGGGCCCGGAAGCGGCCUGGCCCUCGGCUGGGCUCCUGGUUCCGGCUGCCCUUCCUUCGGCGAUCGCACGCCUGCUCUUCGGAGUUCCCGCCGCCUUCCUCUCGACAAAAUCCCGGGAACUCCGCUCUGCCCGAGCGUCGGACCAGGUACUGGACCAAAUUGCUUUCUCAGCUCCUUGCCCUGCUCCCUAGCCUAUUCCAGAAGCUGCUGCUUUGGAGCCAGCUUUUCGGGGGCCUGAUUCCUACCAGAUGGCUAGAUUUUGCCGCAAGUUACAGCGCCCUGAGAGCUUUGAGAGGACGGGAGGAAUCUGCCGCUCCCACGGUGCAGAAGUCUCUGAGUUCACUGCGGCUGGACUCUUCGGAAGACUUGGUUGUCAGUUCUCUUGAUUGGCUAGAGGAGGGACUCCAGUGGCAGUGCUCGUCCUCAGACCUGGAGUUAAAACUCAAGGCCCAGGAAAGAGCUUUAGACUCUGCAGCGCCCACUUUCCUCCUGGAGCAGCAGCUGUGGGGAGUGGAGUUGCUGCCCAGUAGCCUUCAAGCUGGUCUAGUCUCCCACCGAGAACUUGACUCUUCAUCCUCUGGGCCUCUGAGCGUUCAGAGCUUAGGUAAUUUCAAGGUAGUUUCCUAUCUCCUGAACCCUUCCUACCUGGACUACCUUCCCCAGUUAGGGCUGCGCUGUCAGAGCAGCGCUGGAGGUGGCCAGUUUGUGGGUUUCCGAACACUAACCCCAGAGAGCUGCUAUCUUUCUGAAGAUGGUUGUCACCCUCAGCCGUUGCGGGCAGAGAUGUCGGCAACCGCCUGGAGAAGGUGUCCGCCUCUCUCUACAGAAGGCCUGCCGGAAAUCCACCACCUUCGUAUGAAACGGCUAGAAUUCCUCCAGGCUAACAAAGGGCAAGAGUUACCCACCCCUGACCAAGAUAAUGGCUAUCAUAGCCUGGAGGAGGAACAUAACCUUCUCCGGAUGGACCCACAACAUUGCACAGAUAACCCAGCACAGGCGGUGUCCCCUGCUGCAGACAGGCCGGAGCCCACUGAGAAAAAACCAGAAUUGGUGAUUCAAGAAGUUUCACAGAGCCCCCAGGGAAGCAGUCUGUUUUGUGAAUUACCCGUGGAAAAAGAAUGUGAAGAGGACCACACUAAUGCAACUGACCUCUCAGAUAGAGGAGAGAGCCUUCCUGUUUCUACCAGACCAGUUUGUAGCAACAAACUGAUAGAUUAUAUUUUGGGAGGCGCCCCCAGUGACUUGGAAGCCAGCUCUGAUUCUGAAAGUGAGGAUUGGGGCGAGGAACCUGAGGACGAUGGCUUUGAUAGCGAUGGCUCCCUGUCUGAAUCAGACGUGGAACAGGACUCGGAAGGCCUUCACCUUUGGAACUCUUUCCACAGUGUAGAUCCUUACAACCCCCAAAACUUUACAGCCACGAUUCAGACGGCUGCCAGAAUUGCCCCCAGAGACCCAUCAGAUUCAGGGACAUCCUGGUCUGGCAGCUGUGGUGUAGGGAGCUGUCAGGAGGGACCCCUUCCGGAGACCCCCGACCAUAGUUCCGGGGAGGAAGAUGACUGGGAACCGAGUGCAGAUGAAGCAGAGAAUCUUAAAUUGUGGAACUCUUUCUGUCAUUCUGAGGACCCCUACAACCUUUUAAAUUUUAAGGCUCCUUUUCAACCGUCAGGGAAGAAUUGGAAAGGCCGUCAGGACUCAAAGGCCUCUUCUGAGGCUACAGUGGCCUUCUCUGGCCAUCAUACCUUACUUUCUUGUAAGGCCCAGCUGUUAGAGAGCCAAGAAGAUAAUUGUCCAGGCUGUGGGCUGGGUGAGGCUCUUGCUGGAGAAAGAUACACCCAUAUCAAGAGAAAAAAGGUAACCUUCCUGGAAGAAGUUACUGAGUAUUAUAUAAGUGGUGAUGAGGAUCGCAAAGGACCAUGGGAAGAAUUUGCAAGGGAUGGAUGCAGGUUCCAGAAACGAAUUCAAGAAACAGAAGUUGCCAUUGGCUACUGCUUGGCCUUUGAGCACAGAGAAAAAAUGUUUAAUAGACUGAGGAUCGAGUCAAAGGACUUACUGUUGUACAGCAAUGUUAAGAAGUGAACAGCCUGCAACCCGUGCCCACUCUGUCUCUUACUUGAGAGUUUCCCUUAAAAACAAACACUGGCAGCUGUCCUUGGACAUGUUUUUAAAGAAACAACUUGUAUCUAGAGAUGCAGUUUGAUUAUUUUUGGGUAAUGUGUCUCAUUAGAAACACCAACUCCGAUAAUGAAGAAUCUCUUAUCUGUAAUCCUCUCUUUUCCUAUUUAGUUGGAUGUGGGUUUUGUCUUUUUGAGAGGGUCUCACUGCAUAAUUCUGUUUGGCCUAGGUCUAUGUAUGUAGACCAGGUUGGCCUUGAAGUUGGUAUUUCCUUGCCUCUGUUUCCUGUGCCACCAUGCCCAGCUGGAAGUGUUUUUAAAUAUCCUCUGCUUACCUGGGGUGAGAGUUUAAUUUUGCACUUUCAAAACGUUUCUUCUGGAGGCAGGGGCUGGUCUGGUUUACAUACAGGCUUCAGGCCAGCUAGGGCUAUGUGGUGAGACCUAGUCUUAGAGGACAAACAGAACAAAACAGUCAGGUUACUGUGGAAACUGAGGCAGGAGGAUAGGAAGGUCCAGGUAUGCCUGGAACUCAGUGAACUCUGAACUCAAGGCCAGCAUGGGGAGUUUAGCAAGACCUUUUUACACUCAGAAUGGAAAAGGAAGCUGGGGAUAUAGCUCGGUAGCAGAGGCCCCUGCCUACAUGUGCAAGGUCCUGGGUUCAGUCCCCAGUACUGCAAAUAGAAAGAAAAAACAUUGUCUUGGAUAACUAUAAGGUUUAAGCCUCAUAGUCAGUUCUAACUCAAAUUAUGCAUGCAUUGAGUUCUUGUGUGCUUUUUCUGUUCUAAAAUUAAUGGGCUUUAUGGGUUUUGUUUUUGUAUGUUUUUAUGUCUGUUAUAUUUUGAGGUAGGGGAUUGAGGCAGGGUCUCACUGUGGCCUUGAGCUCAUGGCAGUUUUCCUGCUUCAACUGAGUGUUUUGGUUUGUUUGUGUUUGUGUUUUUUUACUUUCAUAGAUUUGACUUAAUGAAGGCAAAAACCUGUUAUCAACCUAAAAGACAUUGAUGUGUCACUUCAGUGGUGGAUUUUCUCCCUCUUUUUUUUUUUCCCCCAGAGCUGAGGACCAAACCCAGGGCUUUGCACUUGCUAGGCAAGCGCUCUACCACUGAGCUAAAUCCCCAAACCACCCCCCCCCCUUUUCUUUUUUUAAAGACAUGGUCUUAUAUAGUCUAGGCUGGCCUUAAACUCAUUACUUAGCCAAGGAUGGCUUUGAAAGAUCCUCCUGUCCUCUUGUUUGGCUUGCACAUGGCAUGUGCCAUACAUCCAGAUUUUUCUCUGUAUCUAGGUCUUUUUAAGAUAUUUCCAAGGACUGCCCACAAAUCCACAGUGCAGUACUUUCUUGACUGGGAAAGCGGGGUUGGUGUGCUUUUCAAAGGCACACACCAUUAUGCCCAGCUGGUCUGCCAAACUUAACAUAUUUGGUUUCUGUGCAAACUGUCCAUUUGGAAGGUUUCUGUGUGUUGUAGUUUCAGUUGAAUGUGGCUCUCUGUAGCUUUCAAGAAUGGGUAGAAAUCAUAAAGCACUCUUAAGUAAUCAUUGCAUUGUAGACAUUUUUUUUUUUAACUAGGGGGUAUUUGGGAGACAUGUCAGAUAUUCACUUUUGUUUUAUGUGUCUUAAAACCAGUGUUACUUACACCCUGCCUCAGCACUGGCACUUUUCAAACCUGUCUUGGAGACACUGUAAACUUGGAUGGUGCAGUUCUGGGUUUUCAUGUGUAAAAUGUCAACUACAAAGGUCAAUAUCCAGGUUUGUUGUGUUCUACCUUAUGUAGAGAGAAGCAAAGCAGAAAGGGCAGAUAGAGCAGCCAGAAAGUGCUAGUGUCCCCCCCCAAAGCGUGCUUCUAGAUAGUGUGUGGAUCAGGUGUGCUUGGUUUGUUCAGUUAGCGUCACCUGUUGUGCAUGGUUGAGGUAAUGUGUUACCAGUUCUUUAGUGGUUACAUGCACAAAAGAGAGGACCUCUGAGUCGGGUGUGGGAUGAGCUUUCCAGACCUGGCAGGGUAAACUACCUCAGUUUAUAAUCUCCCUGGUUAUUUCCGUUUGAUGUGAUCUAAGGUCUGCCUCAGUGGUGAUGAUGUUCAUCCACACACAAGGUUAGUAAGAGUGCACGACCAGAAACGUUGGUCUUAUUUUUGAGAACCCCCAUUUCUGUGUAUUUUAUGCACCUGCCUUUAGUGAACUCCAGAGUGCAUUAAAGAGUCUGGUUUAGUGCCGUGGGAAUGGGCUAGUUUAGAAGCUAUGUUUGGAAAGCAGGCAAGUUGACUUUAGGAAGAAAAGCUGUGACAGUGUGUAGACAUUUCUUUUAAACCGGACUGCAGCUUAACAACACUUGAUUUCAGAUGAUUAGGUUUUUGUUUCUGAGACCCAGCACCUGUAUAUUUAAAAAUUGUUCCAGAUUACACCUUCACUAUCAAAUGAGUAAAUGACUCAUGCCUGCAGACAUGUCCUGAUGGUGGCAAGAACAGAAGGAUCUUUGACUGAAGGAGAAAAACUGUCAUUGUCAUCCCAGCCCCCAGGAAAGAACACCUCCAAGGCAGGCAGGCAGGCAGGCAGGCAUGGUGGUUCUAGUUGAAUACACAUUCAAGUCUUGCAGUGGUGCUUUAGAUCUGUGUAGCAUGUGAGGCUCUGUACAGGUGGGGGCCACACUUCUGAGGGCUGAAAUGUGGCAACCCUUUAUCUAACUUGAAAUCAAAACCGUCAAAUUUUAUUUUUUAUAAUUUAAGAAAGAGUUGGGGAAUGACAUUUUUUGAGUUGGCCUUUUCAGCUCAGUCAUUUUACGUGUAACGUGGAGAUUUGAUAGCUCAGAUUAUAUUUGUAUAUAAUUAUUAACUAAUCUGUAAAUUGUAAUAAAUAUAUUUGCAAUUAUUAAAUGCUAUGUGACUUUAUG